CGUGUGAUAUAAUUUUAUAUAUUUUUUAUUAGAGAAAAAAGGAAUGAAUGAGAAAACAGCGAUUUUUUUAUAUAUAUAAAAAGAAAAAAAAAAUGAAUGCCAAUAUAUUAUUAUUAAUUAUUAUACAACAUUAGCGGAUCUGUCAUUUUCUUGAACCAAAGCUUGGAUUGCUUGAGCAGGUCAUUUUCUUAGGGAAAAAAAUUAAGGUAACAUUUUUUACUAUGUGAAGAGACAAUAUUAUAUUAAUUUAUUUCCUCACUUAUAUAUAUAUUUUAAAAAAAUUAAAAAAGAGAGAGAGGCCCCACUUAAAUUGCUGGCUGUUCUUUCUUACAAAUUUGUGUCAGUUGGACACAAAGACAAAACAUGCAUGUUUUUCCUCUAUGGAGGAAGAGAGUAAGCACAUGAAAAUGAUGAAACCAAUACCCAAAAGGCAAGAACAAAAAGAAGAAGAAGAAGAAGAAAAUGAUGAUGACCAGAAAGGAGAGAAGAAGAUGAUGAUCAAUAUGGCUAUAUGGGAUUGUGGGAGUCCAUUGUAUGACUCCUAUGAAUUGGUUUCACUUAGUAAUCUCAUCGAACGGCACCUAAUGAUCUUGCCAUCUCUAGCAGCUGGAUCAUCAAAGCGAUUCAUCAUGGCCACCAAAAGAUUAUCUCAUCAUCAUCAGCCUAUCCACGUGGACCGUCCGAUGGUGGCCGAUGAUACUUCUAAUUCUAUGAUGACCAGAUUGAGUGAAUUGGUGGAAAGAAAGAUGGUGUGGAAGAGAAAAGUGUUUGGAUCAGAAAGGUCUAAGGCAAAAAACACUAAGAAAGUGAAAGCCACUACUACUAGUACUAGUUUUAGUAAGAAUAUUUCUGGAUUAUAUAAUAGAAUUGCUUCGUGGAGAAGAAGAUGAAAAAUUCAUGAUCUCAUGGUCCACCAACAUCCCUGUACUCCACACAGGUAAUAAUUAAAAUUUGAGAUUUCAUUGAAAUUUAUUGGAUUUGAUAUACAUAAUGUUACAAUAUGCAUGUACUUUAUUUUUCCCUUAUCAUCAUCACACAUUACUUAUAUUAUCAAUGUAUCUCAAUAUAUUUUGUAUGGUUCAUUCCCCUUGUCAUUUUGCUUUGAUUGUUUGUGCACACAGUUAUUGGUCUGU